AUGGCUCAACCGGGAGGAUCCAAGCCCAAACGCAAAGUGGUCGACAUCCACACCCACAUGUACCCCGCCGAGUACAUCUCCAUCCUCUCUUCGCGCACCGAGAUCCCGCUCGUGAGAACAUUCCCCUCGCCCUCAUCACCCGACCCCGACCCUCGCCUGAUCCUCCUCGAAGCCGAGCUGCCAGCGCUCGAGAAAGCCCUCCAGGACCCGUCCGCUCCCGUCCCCGGCCGGCCCCUAACCAAGCACUUCACCUCCCUCCCGCAGAAGCUGCACUUCAUGACGACCCACGGCAUCGACAUCUCGGUCCUCUCCCUCGCCAACCCGUGGCUAGACUUCCUCCCGGCCUCCGAAGCGGGCGCCAUCGCAGAACGAAUCAACACCGCCUUCGAGGAAAUGUGCUCUUCCUCCUCCAACAGAGCCUUCUUCUUCUUCGCCGCCCUCCCGCUCACCGCACCCCUCGAAACCAUCGUCUCGUGCAUCACCCACGUCUCACAGUGCCUGCCCCACUGCCGCGGGGUCAUCCUGGGCACCUCCGGCCUGGGAUCCGGGCUCGACGACCCGGCGCUGCUGCCCAUCCUCCGCUCUCUCGCGGACCACAACCUCCCCGUCUUCCUGCACCCGCACUACGGCCUGCCCAGCGCCGUGUACGGGCCCAGGGCGGCCGAGGAGUACGGCCACGUGCUGCCGCUGGCGCUGGGGUUCCCCAUGGAGACGACGAUCGCGGUGGCCCGCAUGUAUCUCGCGGGCGUGUUCGAUGCCGUGCCCGAGCUGCGCAUGAUCCUGGCGCAUUCGGGCGGGACGCUGCCCUUUCUGGCCGGGAGGAUCGAGAGUUGUGUUUUGCAUGAUGAGAGGCUUGCGAAGGAGGCGGAGAAGAAGAAGACGACGGCAAGCCGGAGGAGGAGGAGAAGCGUGUGGGAGGUGCUGAGGAGUCAGGUGUAUCUCGAUGCUGUCGUGUACAGUGAGGUGGGGCUGAAGACGGCUGUCGAGGCGAGUGGUGGUGGGAGAGAGGGGGCGGAGAGGUUGAUGUUUGGGACGGACCACCCUUUUUUCCCGCCUGUCGGGGACGAAGCGGACAGCCAAGGGGAGUGGGAGAGUGUGAGGUUGAAUGCCGAGGCUGUCAAGCGGGCGUUGGGGGAAGGGAGCGAGGAGGCGGAGUUGGUCAUGGGAGGGAAUGCAAUACGCGUGCUGCGGCUGUUUGAGUAG